AGAACAAGCAACGUAGUGUAGUGCGCGUUAGGAGCGUAGUGGGGAGUUUUUCCAUAAGUGAGAUUAGCCAUAUCAUAUGAGCUCCGUUGAACGGCGGCAUAUGGUUAAACGACGCAAAAAGGGGUUGUUUUAUUACUAUUUGGCCUUGCUUGCUCGUUCUCUUGAAAACUCUAUGUUGGUUGAUUGCCUCUCUCUCCUCUGGUACUAGGCCUCAUGAAGUUACUAGAUUAUAAGCAGUUGACAGAUAAGAAACAGACGAAUUAGCCGAGGGGGUGUAGUGUAAUAGACAUCUAGUAUAUACUUGGCCUGUUAAAGUGGAAUCCCUGCUCGUUAAGUCUAGUAUUGUUGUCAAAGGAUCUGAACCAGUGCUACCGGCCAAGCAACUAAGCAAGCCGCUGCUUGGCUCUUGCUUUCCUGUCUUUCACUAUUGGGCUACUGCCCUUAACUCUUUAGUCCAAGUUGGGUCUCGUACUUGUUCAUUUCGUUCUGAAAUUGAUUAUUCCGUUGACUUAUAGAAGUUUCUCUAAUGAACUACUCUAAUGAAAUAGAUGAAAAUAUACUUGUAUGUGAGAAAACACAUUCCAAGUUGUAAUUGCUUUCCUUGCUUCCCAACUAAAACGACUAUGAUCGAUUGCUAGCCACCAUAAACUCACUAGAGAUAAGAAAUGGAACUAGUGCUGACAGGGUCGAUUGUCCGGUUCACUGUUCCAUUCUGAUAUUGACUACUCAAUGGCUUAUAGCUCGUAUACAAACACUGGUAUCCCCGCUCAAUAGCAUUGAUGAAGUGCCCCGCCCACCUUACCUUAGAAGCAUUGGUUGAACCGCUACACUCUAUCUCCGUUGAUUACUAUCUAUUGGAUUGAGCUAUAAAAGCUAUUUGACCUACGUGAACACUUCAGCAGGAAAGACAUAGUAUUGAUGAAUAAUCCGCAAGAAAUUCCUAUUGACAAAGACAGGAAAGGCAUGCUGUCAUAUUAGAAAGAAUCAGAAAUGUUCGUUCCCAGCCUGAUGCAUUCGUAGCUCGAUCGUUGCUACGGGACUUGUGAACAGUGAGCAUAUGGGCAUAAAGGCAUCAAAUAAAUAGGAAAAACUCGAGUAGGCGGCUGACCCUCUUGAACCUCCCCUUUCAGAAACUCCUAUGGCCGAUCUUCCUUCUUAGACUCUAUUCCAUCCCGCUUAUCCUUUUGAAUAUCAUUGAUUAAUUGAGAGUUUUGCUACCGCCACUCCUGAAGAACGCCUGUUACGUUACUCUCUUAAUAAGGAGCGAGUCUCUCUUGAUUAAACGCUUAACGGACUAACUGGGGGUGAUUGGAUCGAGGUUCAAUAGGUAUGAUUAAAGAAAGAAUAGGUUGGUAUAGAAUAAGAUUGGGUCCUGAUGGUCUGCAUGAUUCACAAGAUAGACGGAGAGAGGUUCUGUUAACUGUGUGUUUUCCUUCCUCCCCUUGUCAGUCGAGUGCUUACGAGCAUCAAUCCUUUUCUAUUUCACUAAUUCUCACUGUCCCUAGAUAGAAUAGAUGAGAUUCCAGAAAGGGUAUGUAUGUCCCUAGAUAGAAUAGAUGAGAUUCCAGAAAGGGUAUGUGAGAUUCAAGGGUAUGUCCCUAUAGAUAGAAUAGAUUCGACUCAAGGGUCUGGUCUGUCCCUAGAUUCUAUUUAAAGGUAUGUUCCUAGAUAUAAUGGAUUCUAUUAAGGGGUCUGUCCCUAGCCUGGAUAUGAUAGAAUCUAUUUUUUGGUGGAUUCGCCUAGAUAUGAUAUAAUCUAUUUUAGGGUGGAUUCAUGGAUGAGGUCGAGUGGUCUCAGUUGGAGAUGGUAUAUUGCACUAGUUUAUGGAUUGAACGAGAUUAACACUUGGAACAUAGGACAGGAAAAACAAGGGUCGAGACUGAUAGGCUGGCUUGGGGGAAUAAUAAUACUGUGGCCUCCGUAGAACGGAUUGGAUGCUCCCCUAUUAAUUAGAAUAUGCAAAGCCAAUGGAAUCGAGCUGACUAAGAUGGAUGUAAAGUACUUGUUUAAGUCCUAGCAACAAAUCUUCUGUUCUUUUCUUUCUUUGCGGGAUCGGUUUCAUUCCUAUCACUUUGCUUUGUUAUCAGCCCGGUAGAAGUCAGAGGGUUCCCUUUCUUGUUAUCGCUACCGGUGGAAGGAAGAGGGCAGUUCAAAUACCUUGAUUGAGACGAGACGGUAUAAGAGGGCAGUUCAAAUACCUUGAUUGAUAGCUAUUAUGAUCAGAUUCCAUGUAUCUGGAUGGAGUCUUCUAUAAUUUAUGAAAAACACUCCUGUCCUUACUGCCAAACUGUAGUAAGCUAUAGUAUUUUGCUUGUUUGCUUGUGUUGCUUCUUCACAGCAUAGCUUCAACACUCUCAACUCUACUUAAGAAAAUAAUACAUAUAAGUAACAAACGGUGAACGAAACUCUACCCUUGGCGCGCCCUAAAAGAGAAGUCCGUUAAUGUACCCCGGAAAGUAACCUAACGCUUGCACAUUCUAUACAAGAAUAAAGGUCAACAACUAGCGCUUAAGUAUCACAUUCUAGAAGAAAGGUCAACAACUAGGUAAACAAACGGAAUCAGAAUAAUAUCAUUGAGUGCCGGAGUAACAAAGCACUAGUGUGCGCUACUAAUGCACAACUCGCUAACGCAGGAGCUCAACUCAAGCUUCUAACUCAACGACUAACGCAAUUGAAUAUCACGUGUAACAUAGUUAAUAGUUGAUUAAACAAACAAGCAUUCUUAUUAACUGGGUAGCAAAGUCGACUCAACGGGCUGAGGUAAAUAAAUCCGAAUGGAAGAGAGCUCUUAAUACGCCAAGCCAAGAUAACCAUCACAACUUCUCAAGCCAAGAUAACCAGAACACAACGCUUCUAAAUUGAUUCUCUAAUAACUCGCCCGCCUAUAAUGAUAAGAUAAUAUAAGAAAGCCUUCACUGAACUUAUAAGUAUAGGCCGGUCUGCAACUAUCAAGGUUUUUUCCACUUUACGAGAUACAGCUAUCGCAGCUACAGUUUGGCCUUUCAGUCACGCGUACCCUAAACUCCAAAACCAACUUCAGGCUAAUGCACAACUCAAAGAACUCUGUUAGCCCAUACGAUCAAAUGGUUAUUCACAUAACUCAACAAACAACGGAACAAGCAAACUAACCGCAUUGCUUCUAUUGCUUGCUUCUUUUCUGAACCCUAGAUUUCAGUACUCAUUUAUUCUCUCAGCAGCCAGCAGCUGACGCUGACCUUGCUUUUUGACCUUGCUUGUUUUGUUCGAUAACUCACUGACGUCUGCUUGUUUACUGACUUAUGCCUUUAAGAAUGACUAUGGGCAUCCGAGUCAGCUAAGCUUCUAGGGAUGAUAAAACAAUCGUCUUCUCUCUUCCUACUCGAUCUUCUAGGGCGAAUUCAGAUCUUAGCUUUCCCGGUCGCUGGAGCAGCCGCCACUCUCCCUUCGCUCUGGAACACCAAUGAUGAUGAAGAUAAUCCUUCUGAUUCUGCUCUUAACAACUUCUUCUGGUAGUAAGAUACUCUUUCUUUUCUUCUCUUCUUCUGCUCUUAACUACACCUAUAUUUAUUGCGAAAAUAGACUCGCCUUUCCACAAGCAAGACAAAGAAGCAAAGCAAGAGCGUGAAGUUCAGCGAAGAGGGAAAGAACGUAGCUAGAGCAGUUCCAGCAGUAUUUCCUGAUGUGUCUUGCGGAUGCUGGUCUUUUUGGAGUUCUCGCAGUAUUUCCUGAUGUAUCUUGCUUGCGGGUGCUGUCACUCAUGCAGGAGCCUCUACACCAGGUGUCAUGCAAUAACUAUCAAAGUGGCAAACGCGGUGGCUUCGGGCAACAACGGGCAUUUCCCAUUCUUCUCUUAGUGGGUGGGACAGCCAGAGAUGUAGGGUCUAGUGGUUUUCAGCCUAGAUAAGCUACAGCGGCAAAUCACUUCUUACGAGUUCCCAACACAACUACGCGUAAUACUUUAAACAGGUGUGGCUGGAUGCUUCUUCUCAAUAGGAAUAGUAGUCAAAAUCCAAGCAAGCUUAUUAUGAACAUCUAUUGGAGUCGAUCAUUUCCAAGAUCCAAUUCUAGUUUCUUAUUAUGUAAUGGAAUAGCUUUACAAUCUUCCGUUUUACGCUGUAGCUUAAAGGAGAAAAUGUUCUUGGUGGAUGCAGGACCAGGUACCCCACUCAAUUGUAUGGAAGAUGAGCUUACAGGAGUGCCAAUAAACCGAGCCACGAGCCACAGGUUUGAGAAUAAGGUGGGAUCCCAGAAUGUAGUGGCAGGUGACUCACAGAUUCCAGAGCGGAUUAAUGAUAGAUUCUUAAUGGAUCUAGUGGCCGGUCAAUCACAGAUCAAAGAGCGAGCUGUCUUAAGGUUUCAUGAUUUUUGGGGAUCCCUGGAUGUAUUGGCUGGUGAACCGCUUCUUCUUCCACGAAGAUUAAGACAAAACCGAGCUUGGAUGGAACUGCAGAAGAAUUGGCGAACGAAUAAGAAGGUCAAAGGCUUCAUUAUUAACAAAGUCAAAGGUGGUUAUUCAGUAGCCAUCGCGGGUUUCAUUACCUUUCUUCCAUUCUUUCCUCUCAACACUCAAAAGAUAGCGAAUGAUAGAUUCACCAUUGAGAGCAUUAAUCCCAAUAGGAGGAAAAUUGUGGUGUUCUAACAGCAGUAGAUCCAAGUAAGAUCAAAAUCCAAUCAAAAGGAAAGGCUCUCAGCUCCUUUCUUUUGUUGAGGGAACUUCUUACUGCUUGCUCUUUCAUAAGGUAAGCAGAGGAGCAUUGUAUGCUUUUUUUACCCUGGUCCCAUCCAUUCUAGAAGUCAACAACAGCUUAAUCUCGGCUUAGCUUACGGCUUCAUCUUCGUCAUAGAACAUAAAUAGUCCAUCCCGUGCUCAAGCUUUCUCUUCUAGGUUUGGUCCUACUUAUUAUUCUUUACGAAAAACAAACAAACCCCAAUUCUCAACCGGCGUGGCACAGCCUUAUUCUCAAUAGAACAGGAAGAGGAGCAAAUAAGGACCACCAAAAGUAACGACAACCAAGAUAGGCAUAGUGAUUCGAUCCUUUGAGAACCCUAUUUUGAAGAACCACUAUUUGUUGGGGCUUACCCCUAACACACUACAGAUUGGAUUGCCUGAUUCACGAGUCUUAUAUACAUUGUUACGAUCACCUUUUAUUGAUAAAAAGUCCAGAGAACAAUUUGAAAUGAGAAUAAAGAAACAAUAUCUGGUCAUAAAAACAGAAAGGCAUGAUUCAUUGCGCAAGAAGUUCUUUCGGUUAAAACGCCGUGCGACUCGGAGAACAUAAGACUCUUUUGUAAGGCUUCUAAUCUUGCCGACGGAAUGCUCCUACCCCACCAUGCCUAGCCCUUUCCCUUAAUCAUAGGAGAGGAGGUAUGAAGCGUGGAAAAGAAUGCAAUCAGUGUAUAUGACAUCAUCAUGUAACCUUAAGGAGUGGAGGUAGCAAAACUCAACAUUGAUCAACGCGAGUGAACUGUGCUUAGACGCUUCGUCAAACCGCACCACAUCUACAAGAGGAGCUAAUUUAUGAGUGGGCUUCCCCUUUCGAUUCACGGAAUGUGAUCUGAGACACGAUGGGAGUUUGCGUGCCUCGGUAGGCAAGAGAUCACCGGAGUAUAGCACAAGAUCGCCUUUUCUUGCUGCCAUGGGGUCAACCUGUUAACAAGGUAAACCCAAUGGGAUGGGAACCAAAAAACAGUAGGGUACCGCAUUGGGCAGAAGACGAUUCAAAAAGCGAAGGCUCACCCUUGGAAGUGCCGGGUGAGAUAGGCAACAGGUAGCUUGCUUCCAUGCCGUCUACGAGGAAUCAAUAUCUCUUUGCCGGUGCUGACUUGGAUCUCGGGUGACGGAAUAAGG